UAUGUUUCUACUCUCCACGACUUAUGUAUAUAAAUAGAUGCUGCUGUUUUCUGUAUAAACUUAUUUUUUAUCUGUAAUUCUUUCCGGACUCUCCCUCUUACACUCCAAAAUCAUGGGUUCUCAACCGACAAACGAGACGUCAUGGUCGGCACAAGCAGUCAUCUCCAGCCUCCCUCACCCCCCGCUUGAAAAUGGCUCCUCCCCUGUACCAUUUUUCCACCUCCUAGAGCGCCUUAAGACAACGAAACGGGAAGGCUGGCGCCGAUUUGAUAUUAACCAUGGCGAAUCUAUCUCGGACCAUAUGUAUCGCAUGGCAAUAAUGACCAUGCUCGCACCGCCAUCUCUUGCUCGGAAGCUCAACAUACCACACUGCACGAAAAUGGCGCUGAUUCACGAUAUGGCCGAGUCGGUGGUCGGAGACAUAACGCCGGUUGAUACCGAGGUGACAAAGGCCGAGAAAGCGCGGCGAGAGGCUGAGGUCAUGGAAUAUAUUUCUAAAACGCUGCUGGGCGGGGUGUAUGGCGGUUCAGCGGGAGAGAAAAUGCAGGCGAUUUUCCAGGAAUAUGAAGAUAACGAGACCCUGGAAGCGAAAUUCGUUCACGAUAUCGACAAGAUGGAAUUACUGCUGCAAGCGAUAGAAUAUGAACGGACGCAUGGUGGCAAGAUCCAAUUAACCGAGUUCUAUGGCGUUAUGAAGCGCAUCCAACUUCCGGAGGUGAAAGAAUGGGCGGAAGCGGUGAUGAAAGAACGUGAAGCGUUCUGGGCGGACAAAGGCGGCGCACCGCCCCUCCAAUGAUCUUGACGAGUUUCCUUUUCAUUUUUGACCUACGAUUGGAUGAGAGGAUGACAAAAUGAUAGAAGUCAUUCCUGUGCGUUUUGGCGGCGAAUGAAAUCGGGUUGGUGUUAAUGGUCAAUUUGGUAGAGUGGGAAGCAGGCCCCGAUGGCCAUCUAAUUUUCUCUUUUUCAGCACGACUCUGUUUGUCAUGGCUCAUUAAUAGAUUUCUUUCGUCAAAAGCUGAAGUUAGACGAUAUUCUGUCUGUACCCUUCUAUGUAGAUAUGGAGCCUCGUUCAGCCAUAAGAAUGUCGUCAAAUAUUUUUCCGGAAAUCAGCUCCAGGGAUCGGCCAGAUCACCGUCUCGCAGCACCCAGCCAUAUGGUAGUUUGUAGUCCGUUCUACUUGCAAAUCUUCAAUCUAAUGGCUCUUUCUCCAUCUCUUUGGCCAACAUCUCCGCUUCUUCUCUCAUUUCCUCAUCGCUCCUCGGCAUUCUACUGUCAUUAUCGACAGCCGGAAAUUUCGUACGACUUCUGCCUUCCAUCUUUUGCCACAUGUGUUUUGCAAUGUCGCCCUCGUCUCCAUCUAGCAUCCCGUAGAUGGCAUCCGAGCCGCCUUUAUGAUCCAAAUCUCCUCUUCGCCGUGGAAUUAUGUGGGCGUGGACAUGCGGGACGCUUUGACCCGCGUCCACACCAUCCUGGAUGGCGAUAUUAAGACUUGAAGAUUUGAAGACACGUUCGACCAUUCGGCCUACGCGGCGCACUGUGAUGAAGAGGUCGGCAAUUUCGUCAGGGGUGAGGUCGGAGACGCGGGGAACAUUGCGAAUGGGAGAGACGA